CGUCCACAGGCGGCAGACAAUCCUACCAGAGGACAGGCAGCCCAAAUAUGAAGAUUUAGUGACCUCCAGCUGAGCAUUUGUCGCAGUCACCUGAUGAUUUUAGCAUAUUUUGCUGUAUUUUCUCCCCCGCUCUGGCUCUAAAGGAGUCGCCUUUGCGCACAAAAGCAGCCCGGUGCCCACAGAGUUUCCAUGCGGAUACGAUAGAAAAAAAGUUUUCUGCCACGUUUUUAAAGCAGAAAGGAGUAGGAUCGACUUUUCUUUGCUGUCAGGACGGCGGGACUUGUGUAGAAAGUUAGUUUUCAGAACUUUUCUCCGGGGCAGUUUGCAGAUAGAAGAAUGCUGCCCCAGCUCCUCACCGUGGCCUGCGGUCUCUGCUGCUUUGGUUUCACCUCCGUCACUGCAAAUCUACUAAAAGCAGAGGGAUGGCUGCAGCAGUAUGGCUACUUGCCUCCUGGUGAUGUCAAAGCCCAGGCCAUCCGCUCACCAAAGUCCAUCGUAACAGCCAUAUCAGCCAUGCAGAGGUUUUACGGAUUGACUGUCACUGGAUCCGUAGACUCCAACACGAUAGAGGCGAUGAGCCGGCCGCGCUGUGGCGUCGCAGACAAGUUCGGCCCGGAGCUGAAAACCAGUCUGAGGAGGAAGAGAUACGCUGUUCAGGGUCAGAAGUGGGAGAAGUCUGAGGUUACCUUCAGCAUAGAGAACUACACCCCUAAGAUCGGAGAACACGCCACAUAUGAAGCCAUCCGAAAAGCCUUCAAAGUUUGGGAGAGGGCGAUCCCGCUCACCUUCAGAGAGAUCCCCUUCAGCCACAUCAGAGGCAAGGUGGACAAGUACGCAGACAUCAUGCUCUCCUUCUCAGAGGGUUUUCAUGGUGACAGCACGCCGUUCGAUGGCGAAGGAGGCUUCCUGGCUCACGCUUACUUCCCCGGAAACGCCAUAGGGGGAGACACGCACUUUGACCUCGCUGAGCCCUGGACCACCGGGGACACAGACCAGGGGGGUAAUGAUGUUUUCCUGGUGGCCGUCCAUGAGCUGGGUCACGCUCUGGGUCUGGAGCACUCCAAUGACCCCUCUGCCAUCAUGGCCCCCUUCUACCAGUGGUUUGAAACGGAAAACUUCCAGCUCCCAGACGACGACCGCAGAGGCGUCCAGGCAAUCUACGGAAGCAAAUCUGGUGGUCCCCCUCCUCCCCCUCCUCCCCCUCGACCCACCAAGUCAUACGUCCCCGAUAACGGCCCAGAUGUGUGUGAGGGACACUUUGACACCAUCGCUAUCCUCAGAGGGGAGAAGUUUGUAUUCAAGGACAAAUGGUUCUGGCGGGUGCGUAACAACAAGGUGGUGCCAGGUUACCCGAUGGCCAUCAGUCACUUCUGGAAGGGCCUGCCUUCAAACAUCAACGCCGCCUAUGAGAGGGACGAUGGGAAAUUUGUCUUCUUCAAAGGCGACAGGUACUGGGUUUUCAGUGAGUCCACCAUGGAAAAGGAUUCGCCCAAGAGCCUGAAAGAUAUGGGCACCGGUCUUCCUAAGGAUAAAAUUGAUGCUGCUCUGUACUACACACCCACAGGCCAGACAUACUUCUUCAGAGGCAAUAAGUACUACCGUUUCAACGAGAAGACUAGCACCGUGGACAGCGGUUAUCCAAAGCCCAUCAGCAUGUGGAGCGGUGCGCCGGAGAACGUCAAAGCUGCCAUCAUGAGCGAAGACGGAUCUUACACUUACUUCUACAAAGCCAACAAGUACUGGAAGUUCAACAACCAGUACAUGAAGGUGGAGUCCGGCUACCCUAAGUCUGUGCUCAGAGACUGGAUGGGCUGCGAAAGCGAGGACCCAAAGAGGGGCCGGGAAGGGGAGGUGAUCAUCAUCGAGGAAGUAUCACAGGGCGGCGCCGGGCCGGUAGCCGUGGUGAUCCCGCUCCUCCUCCUGGUGCUGGUCGUGGUGACUCUGGGAGUGCUUUUGGUCUUCAGGAAGUACGGCACGCCUCGACGCCUCCUCUACUGCCAGAGAUCUCUGCUGGACAAGGUGUAGAGGAAGCGAAAAGACAGACUGCCACAAAGGGACAGAAAGAGAGGGGGAGAGAACUGGAGAAAAGACGGGAUAGGAGGGGGACCAUGUGUUAAGUUUUGGGUGGUUUGUAUGUGCCACAAAAGAGAGGGAAAAAAGGCCCUAGAAACUGAAAUCAGGAAAAAGCGUAUUUGUAUGUUAACUAUUUACAUGUACUGUUCAGAGAUCAUUACCCACAGUCUCACAUAGAGACACAGAGACUCAUCAAAACAUCCCUCCUUCCUUCCCCUCCUUUAACUGGACGACUCCAGCUGAACUGCUGUCUGACUCAUUUGCUCAGAAAUUCAUCAUCUCCGUUCAGAGCGUGUGCUCAAAAAAUCGCAUUUACAGUUGGGGUUUUUUUGGGGGGGGAAGUUUUACUCUGAAAUUCAUUCAUUACAACGUCACAUUCCCAAUGUAUUUUGCUAAGUUUGGAUAUUCCGCUAAGCAGUAUUUCCUGUAUUUCUUAGAUUUCAUUUCUACCACUAAUUAGGGCUGGGUAUCCAACCUCAGAUUUCCUUAAAAAAAAUGUGUUUACUGCACAUAGUAUUAAAAGUUCCAGAUUUAAAGCCACACUUUUAGACUAUUAUUUUCUUGUACCGUCGCUUGUGUUAAGACAACAUUAAGGUUUUCUUCUUCUUAAGAAAAUAAGCUAAUUUUUCUCCCAUUUUCUCAAAAUAACACUUGUAUAAAACCUUUUUUAAAUGAUACUCAGCCCUACUACUAAAGGAAUAAUCUCCAAUUUAAACACAAGAAGUUGACCACGUUUCACGUUGGAUGCUCAGUAUAUAGCAUGGACUUUAUGCACAGUGUUAGUGUUGAUCGAUGCAGAUUUUGAACAUGCACAGACAGGAUUAGUAUUUGUUUAUCCGGGAUUAAGUCCGAUUUAACAUGCUGGAGGCGGUUUCCCCAUUAGGUGCAGAUGGAAAAGAUUCAUGGUACAACUAACAUCCUUUAUCAUGUGCUUUAAUUUCAACUUGAUUCAGUGCAAGCAGUCAGAGGAGAGAAAUAUUUUCUAAUAAAACGUGAUGUUUUAACUCACGAAAGACAGUUCUUUAAACAUUCCAGUAUAUUUGUUUUAGGAGCAGAGCUGCUUGUCUAAAUGUGUCGGUACGCGUACACUUCCCAACAAUUUUGUGCAAUUUUUGUUUUAAUUAUUAUCGUUGUUAUGGGAACUUGUUGUUAUUAUAAGUAUGGUUAUUGUUAUUAUUGUUCUCCUAGUAAAGUUAUAAUGAUUUUUUUCUUGUCUUUUAUACAUUGUCAUUUGGAGUCCUGCUGGACAGAGGCGUAACGUGACAAUGAUGGAAAUAUUUCCCAGUUUACACUCUGCAUUAAAAUCCAAUCGGGGGGGGGUGACUCUGAAAUCACAGAGAUGUCGGCACACAAUAACAAGCAAUGCUAUUUAUGAACUUUGACGGUGCUCAAUGAUUUUCUUUUUUACACAAAUCCAAAUUGAAGGUGAUUUAAUGUAGUCAAUAACAAUGAUAAUGGUAAUGAUAUUUAUAAUGAUGAUCAUAUCAAUAAAGUUGAAUGAGAUUUUU